AUGCCCGUAGCCGACGAAUUUGAAUCCGCCAACGCGACCUACGCAGCGUCAUUCACAAAAGGAAACCUCCAGCUUCCACCGAAGCGAAAAGUAGCCAUCCUGACAUGCAUGGACGCGCGAAUCGCAGAUCCAGCGAAAGCCCUUGGCCUCUCCGAAGGCGACGCACACGUCAUCCGCAACGCAGGCGGUCGCGCAUCAGACGCUCUUCGCAGCAUCAUCAUCUCGCAGCAGUUACUGGGAACGAGGGAGAUAGUCAUUAUACAUCAUACAAACUGCGGCAUGCUCACCUUCUCAGACGACCAGCUGCGAUCGCAGAUUCGGACACAGCUAGGCCAAGAUGCAGAUCAUAUUGCGUUCCUACCGUUCAAAGACCUCAGACAGAGUGUGCUUGAUGAUGUGGCGUUUUUGAAGAAGAGUGAGUUGGUGCUGGAUGUGCCGGUGACGGGGUUUGUGUAUGAGGUGGAGAGCGGGAGGGUUGUUAGGGUUUAG